AUGGAUCCCUCUCAAGUUGAAGUACCACCUCUGAAAGAUCUUACCAUUGACAAUAUCACCGAUAAUGUCAAAUUGAUCAACUCACAAUGUCCUAAUCCUAGGUUGAAGUAUCUUUUGGAAAGGAUAGUGCAGCAUCUGCAUGAUUUUGCCAGGGAGACGAGACUAAGCAGCGAUGAGUGGAUGACUGGGUUGCUUUUCUUGACUGCAGUGGGUCAGAUUUGCACAGAUGUUCGACAGGAAUUCAUCCUCCUCUCUGACAUCCUCGGCCUCUCCCUCCUUGUCGACAGCAUCGACCACCCCAAACCCCCAGCAAGCACCGAAGGCACAGUCCUCGGACCCUUCCAUUCCCACGAAGCAGAAAGCGCCCCAAACGGCUCCCAAAUAGCCCACGACCCGGAUGGCGAGCCCUGCCUCGUCCUCUGCACAAUCAAAGACACGCAGAACAACCCCAUCGAAGGCGUCAAGAUCGAUAUCUGGGAGACGGACAGCAAAGGGUUCUAUGAUGUGCAAUAUGCUGGAAGAGAAGGGCCGGAUCAGAGGGCGGUGAUGCAUACUGACAAGGAGGGGCUGUUUUGGUUCAAGGCGAUUGUGCCGGUGCCGUAUCCUAUACCGCAUGAUGGGCCGGUGGGAAAGUUGCUGGUGCAGUUGAAGAGGCAUUGUUACCGACCGAGUCAUAUGCAUUUUAUGUUUGCGAAGGAGGGGUAUGAUCAUCUUAUAACUGCGUUGUAUCUUCGAGGCGAUCCUUACGAAACGUCUGAUGCGGUCUUUGGGGUGAAAGAGUCUCUGCUCAUCGAUCUUGGGACUGUGAAUGCAGAGCAAGCGAAGCAAUACGGGGUCAAGGAAGGUGAUAAGCUGAUGACCUACGACUUUGUCCUUGUUACGGAGGAGGAAUCGAGAAAGCUCAGGGAGAAGAAUGCGCUCGAGGCAACGAAGAAAUUGGGUCUGAAGAUGAAAUUGUGGAAUGGCUUGCCAGUGCCCGAUGUGGACUAA